AUGCCUCCCAAACGUGCCACAACACGCCGGGGAGGCGGUCCCAAAGAUUCAACUCCUCGCUCCGAGGACCAAUUGAAACCUUUACUGGACACAUCUGAGUCUCUACUGCCAAGUGUUCAACUCUGGCAUUCAUCAAACUAUGGCGGUAAUACUCGAGCUGCCCUGUCUAGGAAAGCCAUGUCACCAACUAUGAAUAUCGAUGACAUGGCCCGAAACAUUGAUGCCGGCCUCGAGGCUGUUCGAAAAAGGAAUCCAACCCCCACCAAGAGAACUGCGCAGAAAGAUAAUGAACCUCAGAGAGCCACACGCUCUGGGCGAGGGCCUGCCCCCUACAGUGCUUCUCCAGUCCGUCAACGUUCCAAACGGGAACCGACUCCGGACCAGACCCAGCUUCUGCAGUCGCUUCGCAAUGCUACAGUCUCCCCAGCAGCAGGGGAUAGCAAUGAUCGGUCCGAAGCAACCCCUACACCCCCCAUUCCACGUACAGUCUCCACAGAUUCCAGUCCCGCCGCCCAACCUCCCUUCCAGCGCCGUCUGUCGGCACUGUCAAACUCACCUCUCUAUCCAUCCCCGCUUCAACGAGCUGGAGAACCCAACCAUGAUAUGGCUAUGCCCUUGGGGAGCAGCCCUGGUCGCCAUAGCUCUGUUGACAACGCAUCCGAAGUGUCCUGGAACCUCGAACGCGAUAUUCAUGAAGACAACCUGCAACGGACCCGGCCUGGCAAAUAUCGCGGAGAAAAACAUGGACGCAAUAUCACCGCACCGCCUCGACGCCCUUCAGGUUUGGCUAUUGUCCAGGAGGCCAUCGACGAGGAGGAUGAAGAGGAAGAGGUCGAAGAAGAGGCAUCAGGACACGAAGAUGAGCCUCAGCUAGUGGCCGAGCCCACGCCCAAUGCUACUCCCAAAACUUGGACCGCGCCGGUGCGGACAAUCAUCCCUCAAUUUUUCCGCUCUGAGCCGCCUUUGGACAGCCCUAUCCCCAAGUCCCCCAAGGAGGGUCUGGUUCACCGAUGGUUGGAAUCGGUGCGACCUGAAAGCCGUGAUGGGCCAGUGGUCGCGCCGAACCGGACUAUGUGGAUUCGAGCUGGGGCUGCUUUGCUGUUAUCUUUGCUUCUUUUUCUUGCGAUUCAAAGUGGUUUUUUGUGGAAGUUGGGCUCAUCCCUCUCUUCUGGAGAGCCUUCUUUGGAUUUUCCUCCGAAUAUGGCCGAUUCUGAACUCGUCAAAGGCCUUCGAAGCCAGGUGUCGAAGAUCAACAAUCAAGUCUCGGCCCUGUCGCGUGAGUUGAGUUCUGUUCGGUCAGACCAUGCGCAUGACCCGGCUCCUACGUACAUCACAGACCCCAUCGAUAUGCCCCGAAAGCCCAUCUACAAAGUGAAUUUCCUGUCAAGGGCCUUGGGGGCAAUUGUGGACCCCGACAAUACUACACCAACGGCGGGCUCGAGACGCCACUGGUCUGCACGGGCUUUCAUCAAGAUGUUUAGGUUGGGGGAUAAUUUUCGAAGUCCACAGCCUCCUGCAGCAGCCCUGACUCCUUGGGAGGAUGUUGGUGAUUGCUGGUGCAGUGUUCCUCGCGACGGAAUGUCUCAGCUAUCGGUUCUGCUUGAAAAGGCCAUCGUGCCGGAAGAGGUCGUGGUCGAGCACAUCCCAUCAGGCGCUACACUAAACCCAGGAGUUGCACCCAAGGAAAUCGAAUUGUGGGCUCGGUAUCGCAUUGUCCCCCUUGAAUCGCAAAACAGCCCCUCCACCAAACCCUCGGGCUGGUUCUCAGGGUCAUUGCGGCCCAUCGAGCGCCCCUCAUCCCGAGACGAAGGACUCGGCGGCUUUAACAUCCCUGGUGAAAGCUCACUCCAUGAUGUGGUGAUAAGUGCCUUGCGGAUUUCCUACGCCUCUGACCCGGAAAGCGCCUACUCAGAUGACUCGGUCCUUGGGCCAAAUUUCUAUCGGAUUGGGAAGAUGGUAUAUGACAUCCACAAGCCUCAUUAUGCUCAGACAUUCCAGCUCAACACUGUCAUCGACGUGCCCACCAUCCGCGUUGACAAGGUUGCUUUCCGUAUGAAAUCCAACUGGGGUGCGAAUCAGACCUGCAUCUACCGGUUCCGACUCCACGGGCACAUCUGA